AUGCGACCUCAUACGCAACACCAGUCCGUUUCCAUCCCGCCCUACCAGCCGGCUGGCCGGAAGCCUGCUGCUGUCAAACGCGCUCACUCCCCGGAAAGCGGAAGAGACGAUGGCCAAGUUCAGAGUGCCAAGCGCCUCAAACCCAUCCCCGAUGAGCCUGGCCCAAGCAAUGCGCGCGAGGAGGCAAGGAGAGAGAAGGAGCGCAAACGUGCGGAGCGCGAGGAAGAGUUCAGGAUAAAGUACAGGCGUGCCUUCCCUAACUGGGUUUUCUACUUCGACCUGGACGCCCUCGGGCCGGACGUCGCCACUAUGCGCGACACUUUGGAACGCAGGGUCCUGUACAUGGGCGCGCGCGUCGAUGACUUCUUCUCUAAAGAUAUUACGCAUCUCGUCACACUUCAGACGGAGGACGCCGACAAGGAAAACUCCACAAAACCAGAGCAACCAGGCCUCUCUUUAGGCAGUCCGAUACGGCUCAGGGGACGCAUGGCAAACGAGCUGCCCAUGCCUGCAUCGGACCAUCUUACAAAGAAAGCACUCGCCUUUGGCAUCAAAGUCUGGAGCUCUGCAAAGCUUGAGAACGUACUUGAUCGCUGUUAUGCACCCGCGGCUCCGAGUAGGACUGCUUCUCGCGCCGUCUCGGUCGCACCCAGAGGACGUACCUUGUCUCGCUUGCUCGACCACGAACGCGUGCAUGGUACUACCACCGAACGUGACCCGACUGAAAAGCGGCAUGACUAUACUUACUUCUCGAAGGGCUCUUGUUUUGUCCUAAUCGAGGACAUGCGACAAGAGCUUGCUACUGUUGCCGCGUUCGAAUACCCACCUGCGAAGAGCCGCGAUGGAAAGGAGAAGCCCACCUGGCCUGUUCUGUAUUUAGAUCAUCGGGCGAGAGGUCCCUUCGUCCCAUAUGACGAGAAGGAAGAGCGUCAGCGCAAGAAGGCAGAUAGAAUGGAUCGCGAGCGAGAGGAGGAGCUCGCACAUAGAAAAGCGCAGCUGGAGCAGGAGCGUCGGAGACGGACACAGGCCAUGCAGCAGGCGAAACAGCAUGACCUGCGGCGAUCUGUGUCCAUGAGCAAUCUCCGCCGCCGAGCGUCGUUCCACGACGCUGGCGUGGAGGGCUUUGUUGAUCUCGACGCGGAUAUUGGCGAUGCAGAGUCCGCAAAUGCCUCGGGAUAUCUCGCCUCGGGUGCGUAUAUGGCUGCAUCGGGCAACAGCGUCAACAUCACGUCUGCGACGGGAACGACCUCGACCGCUGGUCAUACCAUUCGAAGCCUCCAUCUACCGGUUGGCCUGAGAGGACGACUACAGCAGCAAAUCGUAACGUCACGAAGGUUCAUCAAUCCGACGGAGGGCAAGGAGAACAUGAUGGGCCCGCCACCUACCAUUCCUACUAGGAUACACGCAUUGCGGAAGAGCCGCAGUACCAACACGAUGCGAUUGCCUAAGCGCGAAGAGGGCAUGAAGCCGGGUUACUGCGAGUGUUGUAGGGUGAAGUUCGAGGAUUUUCGGACGCAUACUGAAGGUCGCAGACAUCGCAAGUUCGCGACGGACGACUCGAACUUCGUUCAGCUUGACUAUCUCUUGCAGCGCGUGCAGCGCCGUACUGUCGAGGAAGUCCAAGAGGAGAAGCGGAAGUGGGCAUCUAGAUUCUCCCUCGGUGCAGAGGUUGCUUAUGAGGACGUUGUGGACGAUGGGAACGCGCAUGACCCCAUGUCCGAAGAUGAUGUACGAUGGAUCGAGUGGGUUGAUGACCGUGAGGUGUAG